UAUGGUAAUGCAGCUUUAAUGGUGAACCGGAUAUCGUGUGAUAGCGACUCUGAUAAGUCAUUGGUGCAGCAACUCACUUCAGACACUAUAAUUGAGGUAAGCAUUGAAAUUCCUUUUGCUUUCCAAGCAAUACCAAAGCAAGCAAUUGAAUCGGCUGGGACUCAAGUCCUUGAACAAAUACUCAGGAUUAUGCUUCCCCGGUUUAUGUCACAGCUUGUGAAAGAUUAUCAAGCCUGGGCCUCCGGAGAUAUGUCAAGGCAGCCUAUUGGGACUGGUGAAAUCUGAAAUAAUGGGUAAUAAGGAUUGCCAACUGACGCUGGAUUUAAUAGUGUUAAUAGAUUAUAGAAAUACCGCUUGUAGUAUGUGCAUUAAUGAAUUCUUGGUUUAUUAUUUGAGUAUACAUAGUUUUUUUUGUUUGUUUAUUUCUUUUUGGACAAGUAAAUCAUUGUCAGUUAUGAUA